AUGAAGACCCUGAUUGUUCUUGCUCUGCUGGUGGCCGCCGUCUCGGCUCUACCUCAGUUUGGGUUCGGAGGACCUAGAUUUGGCGGACCCGGAUUCGGAGGCGGAGGAUUUGGCGGACCCGGAUUUGGAGGUGGCGGAUUCGGAAGACCCGGAUUUGGAGGUGGCGGCUACGGUGGAGGACCAUAUGGUGGAUUUGGCGGAAAUCCCAAUGGCGGCGGAUUCGGCGGAGGUCCCUAUGGCGGCGGCGGCUUCGGCGGUAAUCCCUAUGGUGGAUUUGGAGGUGGCAGGCGUCAUGGCGGCGGCGGACACGGUGGUGGCGGAGGUGCUGCCUCAGCAUCGGCCUCGUCGAGCGCCUCAGCCGCCGGUGGAGGUGGCGGUGCUGCCUCGGCAUCCGCCUCCUCAUCGGCCUCAGCCAGCGGCGGCGGCAACUUCUACGGCUAA